AUGCCCAAAACUGAUCCCCAAAGUGGUGACCCAGCCUUCGAGAUGGAAACUGAGCCGGUUCCGUCCACGUCCAAUCCGGUAGCUGCAGUAGUGCCACCGGCACCGGUUGCUGCCGCCGUAGCCCUCAAACUGCCGCCGUACUGGCCAAACGACCCGGUGAUAUGGUUCGCCCAAGUUGGGGCUCAAUUCCUCACCCGCAACAUCACCACAGAAAUAACCAAGUACUCCUAUGUUGUUGGGUCUUUACAACCACAAAUAACCCAGGAGGUCAUGGACCUAUUGAUUAAUCCCCCUGCUACACACCCUUACACCAAGCUCAAGGAGGAGCUUAUCAAGCGCACGAGCAAGUCUGAACAAAAACGCCUCCAGAAGCUCCUUACCACCGAAGAGCUAGGUGAUAAGAAACCAUCGCAACUGCUUUGCAAGAUGGAGCAACUGCUCGGCGCUCGCACCUUAGAGCCAUCCAUUUUGAAGCAAUUGUUUAUGCAACGACUGCCCACCAAUGUUCAACUGAUCCUCGCAUCGACCUCCUGUGACGUGGAUAUCACUCAACUAGCCAAACUCGCGGAUAAAAUCGUUGAAGUUGCGCCACCCGCACCAUCCAUCCAAGCCUGUGCCAUGGUCCCAGCACCCGCACCGUCACUUGUGGCUGCCGUAAAGUCACCUGUCGCGUCCGAUUUACAGCGAUUGCAAGCACAGGUUGAAAAGCUCACAACACAGAUGGAAAUGUUGGUUCGCCAAAAUCACUAUCGCGACAGCCGGAGCCAAAGUCGCGACAGCAGCCAGCAUCGCCGUCAUCGAAGCCCUUUCCACGUCGGGUGA